UACCCCGAAGUUCCGUGAAAUUUUACAGAAGUUUGCAAUCAUAUCUGAAGUGUACUGGGUUUCUGUUUUCGUUUUUGGAGGCAAUGGCUACUGAGCACAGUCCACUUCUUAAACAUGGAGUUUUCAGUGUGGUGGGAGAUGCCAAUGCUGACUCCAGGAGGGUGUCAGAGGUCACAGGAGAUGCCAGAUCUGGAACCUCCUCCUCACGCAAACUCAACACCUUCUUUGGGGUGAUGGUGCCCACCAUCCUCUCGAUGUUCAAUAUUGUUCUCUUUCUCAGGACAGGUUUUGUUGUGGGUCAUGCAGGUCUACUCCAAGGUCUCCUAAUGUUGUGUGUGGCCUAUUUCAUUGUGUCUUUAACCCUUCUGUCCAUCUGUGCCAUAUCCACCAAUGGGGCGGUGGAAGGAGGAGGGGCCUAUUUUAUGAUAAGUCGUUCUUUGGGUCCAGAGUUUGGUGGUAGCAUUGGGCUUAUGUUCUAUCUUGCCAAAGUUUGUGCAUGUGGGGUCACUGUGCUUGGACUGGUAGAGGCCAUACUGGACAUUUUCGGGAAGAACCCAGCUUCUACAGUCUCUGAGAGUUGGCGGGUCUUACCACAGGGUUACUGGUUCACAGUGCUAUACUCCUCUGUGGUGCUGCUGCUGUGCCUGGUAGUGUGUUUGGUCGGAGCUCAUAUCUACGCCCGUACGGCUUUCCUCAUCUUGCUGGUGGUGACCGUAUCCACGUUCUCCAUCUUCCUCAGCACCCUGGUUGUAGGCCCGCGAGAUUUCAGCAUCACACAUGACCAUGACAAUCACACAGUUACCUACAAUGUCAGUUACACUGGCUUCAACAGCACCACUCUGAAGAACAACUUAGGACCGAAAUACUCUUUGGACUACAGUACGAACACACUAAUGUCUUUUGCUACUGUGUUUGCUGUUAUGUUCACCAGCUGCACCGGUAUCAUGGCUGGAGCUAAUAUGUCAGGAGAGUUGAAAAACCCCAGUGUUUCCAUUCCCAAAGGCACCAUUAUGGCAGUUCUGUACACCUUCAGUGUUUAUGUCAUUCUCUUUAUCCUUCUAAGUUCCACCUGUGACAGAAUGCUGUUGAUUCAAGAUUAUGGAGUUUUGCAGAGGAUAAACAUCUGGCCUCCAUUUGUGAUAAUUGGGGUUUACUGUGCCUCGCUAUCUGCUGCUAUGUGCUCUUUGAUUGGAGCCUCACGAAUCCUUCAUGCCCUGGCUCUUGACCAACUAUUCGGUUUGCCCCUGGCUCCAGCUACCAUCACCUCCAGCUCUGGAAACCCUUGGGUGUCUGUGCUUUACACAUGGGCAUUAGUACAGUGCACAGUAUUUGCUGGAGAACUGAAUGUGAUAGCGGGUCUUGUGACUGUGUUUUAUCUGCUGGCCUAUGCAGCCGUGGACCUGGCCUGUCUGGCUUUGGAGUGGGCGUCGGCUCCAAACUUCAGGCCAACGUUCCAGUUUUUCUCAUGGCACACGUGCCUUUUGGGGAUUGUGAGUUGUCUGGUGAUGAUGUUUGUGAUAAAUCCUGUCUACUCUUCGGCUAGCAUAGUGGUGCUUCUCCUGCUGCUGCUCUUCCUGCAUUACCGCUCACCAACCAGUAGUUGGGGCUAUAUCAGCCAAGCCCUGAUCUUCCACCAGGUGCGUAAGUACCUUUUGAUGCUAGACUCUCGUAAGGACCAUGUAAAGUUCUGGAGGCCUCAGGUGCUGCUGAUGGUGGCCAACCCACGCUCCUCCUGUCAGCUCAUCACCUUUGUCAACCAGCUGAAGAAAGGAGGACUCUUUGUGCUGGGCCACGUACAGCUGGGAGAUCUGGAUGCGUUGCCUUCUGACCCAAUCCAGCAGCAGUAUAAUUUUUGGCUGAGUCUGGUGGAUAAGUUGGGGGUGAAGGCAUUUGUGGAUUUGACCUUGUCCCCUUCUGUUCGGCAGGGAACUCAACAUCUACUGCGCAUCACUGGACUGGGAGGCAUGAAGCCAAACACUUUAGUGCUGGGUUUCUAUGACAACUGCUACCCGGAGGACUACUUCCUGCAGGAUCCAGCAUUCUGUGAGGGCUCUGGUGGUUUUCUCAAUGAUGAAGGGGAUCAUUUUGGGGUGGAUCUCCCCUCGUUACAAGCUCACUUUCCACCCGUGCGGGACGUCGAGAGUCAGCGUUGGUUGGCACCAGAGGAAUAUGUGGGCAUCGUGUCAGAUGCCAUCAAGAUGGGUAAGAAUGUCUGCCUGGCACGCUACUUCUUUCAACUGGAAAAUGAGGGCGAGGGGCCAGAGACCAUUGACGUGUGGCCUUCUAAUCUGCUACAGCCGGGCAGUAGCAACAGCUAUGCGGACGUGUGUAGUCUGUUCCUGCUACAGAUGGCUUGCGUGCUCAAUAUGGCUGGCAGAUGGAAACGAGCGAGACUCAGGAUCUUCCUGUGCGUGCACGCUGAGUCAGACGACCAGAGCUUACUGGCCAUAGAGGAGCGUUUUCGAGAGUUACUGAGGAAAUUACGUAUCCGGGCCGCCAUUAAGAUUGUGGCUUGGGACAUGGUGGUUCAGUUGCUGGGGCUGACAAGCCGUGAGCUGGUGGAAUUGCAGACUUUGAGCACGCUGCCCCCUGCUGUUUUGGAGAACUACCUGCAUGCUGUGAACAGGCUGCUAAAAGAACAUAGCGGCCAGGCGGCAGUGCGAUUUAUGUAUUUACCCCUCCCACCUACUCGUGCUAGCCAAUCACAACAGUACCUGGCACAGAUGGAGGCUAUCACAAAUGGACUGGGUCCUACACUAUUGAUUCAUGGACUUACUCCUGUAACAUGCACUGAGCUCUGAGGAAGAGACUGUGUGUGUUUUGGGGUGUGUGUAUCACUCUUCAGCUGAAUGCGGUUGGAUCCUCUCACCGUUCGGAAAUCUUAAAGUACUAAAAAAAAAAAUUUUGUCAUGUGAAAAGGAGGAAUAAUGAGAAAUGUUUACUUACCAAAGAACUGAUGUUACUGUAGAGGCCUUAAGGUUUAAUUUUCUAAUGUAAAAAGACUUGGGUUGUCCUCAGGUCACAGUUCUGGUAAAUGUACUAAAGAUUAUUCUGCCUUGUGGAAAUUUGUGAAUGGGUUGAAAUAUUUUCUGUAGUAGAAACUGUAUAACGAAAUUAAUCAAAUUCAAAUGUUAUGUGAACUUCUUGUAAACAUGGUUCAUGGAAAAAUAUUCUGUUUAUACAUAUGCACUUUGCACUACCUUUUUGAGGCUUUAGUGAAAUUUGAGUGCA